AUGACAUCCGCGAUGACUCGUCCCGAGGACACAGUGCGCGGGCUGCGCUUGUACCGCGGUGACGCGGAAGAUGAUGAGACGGAAACUGGACCGUCAGAUUCAGGAAGCUCGCUGCCACUAUCACAUAAUGAGGGUUCUCCAUACCCAGACGACGAAGGCAGUCGCCCAGGCACCUCUUUAGGGGACUACUCGGAGAAUAGCAGACAAUCGGCUGGUCCGAAAAUGCUUACCCACGAAGAGACGAUUGAGCUGGCGCGGCGCGCUGUGGAAAGCGGGAUUCAAGAUACCAAGCGUUCCCUGGCCGGUAGCGAGGCCGUCACGGAUGUGGUCAAGCCGAAGCUGACUAUUGACCUGGGCCACUCACAUAUCGUUCGCAUGCCUGAGCCUGUGGUGGAUAUAAUCAAAGAUGAGGUCGAAAGGCUCUCCCUCUCCAAUAACUAUCUCUUCCAUAUACCUUACCGCUUCGCAGAGUGCUUGCAUCUUCGUUAUCUCAAUAUCAGAGCGAACAACUUCCGUGAAUUCCCCAAAGGACAAACUAAAAUCCUUGCGAGUGCUCUCGGUUAUGCAAAAUCGCCUCGAAGACCUGCCAGUUGGGCUCUCCGAGAUGCCCAAGCUUCAAGUUAUCAAGUGUGCCGGAAAUCCCCUACGGUCUCGCUGCGCGCCAUAUUGGAAGAAACCGAGGCUGAGAUGGCAGAAUCUGGGAUGACUGACAAUGAGAAAGAAGUCGCAUCUACGGCAGAGCUAAAAAGAGGAUUGAAAGCUCGACUUACGGCUACUACACCCGAGCCCGAAGUCAUUCCCGACUCAGGAGAUGGCAUUAUGGAUGCAUUCAGGCCAGCUCCUUCAAAACGGAGACCGAGUGCCCGAUUCCCUGUUAUCCCCAGCACCGGUGAUAGUUCGGCCGCCUCUUCUCGAUCUCCAUCUAUCUCAAGACCACCUCCCAUCCCUGCAAAAUCACACUAUCGCAUGGCUUCUGGGCAACAAGGCGCUACUUACCACAUGCCCGGUCUUCAAAGACCCGGCGUGGCUCCUCAUGCCGUGAAUGAACGCAACAGAAGCAACAGUGAAGGUAUCAUUCAGGGAUCCUCCGCUGCUCGAAGCAAAAGGAUGGGUGUCAUUACUCGCAAGAACACUGAUUUAGGUACACUGGAUGAAACACGUCCCUACAGAAACAGCCAUCUACGCGGUCUCAGUCAUGGUUCUGUACUUCGACCUCGUCCGGCUCCGCCUACUCCUGUCAGCGGCAGCAGUUCUUCAAGUCCCAGUAGCCCACGGGAGCGUCGACGUGUCCGAGAAGGCUGGGUCAAUCGGAUGUCUAGCCUGCCCGAGCACAAGGGAGAGCGAGGAUCGGAUGAGCCAAUCAUUAGGGGAGCGAAAGGCAUUCUGUUUGCUCUCUUCCAGGUUCAUUCCCAUAUCUCCACAUUGAUCAAUGUGAUCAAACGUGAUGAUACCAGACGCCACAGCCUUGAACUUGUAUUUCACAAUGCCUCCUCGCACGUUGAACGCCUUAACAGUGCUCUCGAGAGUGCUGAAGUUGCGUUGCUCGAAGACCCUGGUUCGAUUGCAUCUGUCACGGAGACCGUCAGACGUGAAUGCGAGACUUGCAUCGUUGCUUACACGCACGUCGGCACGCAGCUACGCAACAGCUCUGCCAAGAUUGUCGCCAACGGCGAUCCCCGUUACGUGAGAUCGCUGAUGCUUAUGAUGUUUGGCAGCCUUGUUGAACUGCGAAAUGCUUGUACUAUUCUAGAAGCUCCGAUCCAAAUGGUCAACAAGCGUGCCUCUGCUACAAAGCGCCUGGCUCCUGCCAAUGCUCUCACUUCCAUGCCCAGUCGGUCUCAGCCCUCGCUUGUUACUCCAACAAGAGAUCAUGCUCCCCCGACACGACGAUUGCGAAGCGACACAACGAUUCGUCAUCCUCAAUUCCCCAUGGCCAUGACAUCAAGCCACAAUGGCACCAAUUCUCCCAGUUUCUCGACGCCUACUUUCACAAGUUUCUCGCGCAGCCGCUCUAGCAGUCGGUCAAACUUGAUCAACUCGUCUAUGCCACACUCCUUAGCAACCCCUCGCUCGGGCGAAACCUUCCCUCCUAUUCCUGCGUCCGGUACUCCUCGUAUCAGUACAUUGACUGGGCUGGACGAGAACGAAGAGGAGCGAAUUUUCGAGAAGAUCUUCCACCAGCUUACCUCUGCAUAUACAGCUGCAUUUGGGGCUCUUCCUUUGGCCCGCCGGCAAUUCAACCGCUGCCUGGAAAUGGCCCAACAAUCACGGUCCCCCGAGGGAAUUCAAAUGGUCUGGACCAACCUCAUCCGUCGAUGCCGAUCUUGCCAGGAAGUCUCUGAGGCUCUAGGACAGCGUCUGUCGACCAUGAAACUCAAAGAACCAGGUGGUGGGCUCCGCAACCAACGCGAGUUCUGGCAGCUCUGCAAAACAUUUAUGCAAGCCUUCGUCGACCUAGUGACCGAUCUGCGCGAGGUCAAAAACAUGCAGCUCCUCCCACAAGACAUCGUCAUCAUCCUACGCCCAGUUCAGAAGGCAAGCCGCGAAGCAGGUCGCCUGAUCGAGGUAUCUCCUUGGGCCUAUCUUGCGGACAUGGCCACAAAGGACACCCCCGGUGGUGCCUUGUACGGACCUCCCCUUCAGGCCCCGCAUUCGCAACAUCAAACCUCCGUUUCUACAUCUGCCAUCACAUCCCACCCCUCUUAUCAUCUCAAUACGACCGUCCCACAGUCUGUCACUGUUCCUGCCACUCCGCUGAGCGCGGCUCUCGGUCCUGCUGCGCAGGCCACCGUCCCAUCUACACCAGCAAGUGCAUACAGCGACAAGUUCUUCGAGGGCGAUGUCUUCCAACGUGCGGACUCACUUCUCUCAAUGCCAAACCAAGCGCCUUUCUUCCGCCGCUGA